AUGUGCCGAAAGCUUCAGCGGACCGAUCCAAAACUCAUUCAUGAGAAGGUAAGCCCUUCAGAGACUGUGCUGGAGGGCAGGGUCCAAGUACAACCUCUCACUUACAUUUUAAAGCCCUUCACUUUGCCCGACGAGGCGCCCACCGGAGCCUUGAUUUGCGAAAGCGCAGCUGCCGUGGCUGUUGGAGAUUUGGCCGCCAACACAACCUUUGAGGUCGAGGUCGGCGGCAAGGUGACGAUGUCACGGCCAGAGCCGGAGCUGGACGAGCGGUUCGAGUCCAAGAGCGACCAGGUGGAGUUGGAUCGAGGUUUCGACCUGGAGAAAUCCUACACUUUCAAGAUGCCCAUCAAGAGCCUCUAA